AGCCGAACCCUGCCGAGCCCGGAUACGCCCGAGCCUCGGCUCUCCGCCUCCUCUUGUACGAAAGUGCCCGAGCGCUGCCGGGCGGGUUGAACCGGCCUCGGCCGCGGAUCGGAAUCAACUCCCGAAGGGCGGCGCGGUCGGGCCCCUUCGGAAGCAGAAGCGAAAAUGGCCGAAGGGACGCGAAUAGCGCGGAGCCGAGAGACUGCUGGGAUCGCGGAGGACUCGGCGGGCGGGGCCGGGCGGCAAGAUGGCUGCCGGAGGGCAAGGGAGGGCUUCCUCUGCGGUGCUCUCGUCCGUCUCUCUGCAGCUGCUGCUCUACCUGAGUGGGGCCUACUGUGCCCUGUAUUUCCUAGCUACGCUCCUGAUGAUGAUGUAUAAAAGUCAGGUUUUCAGUUAUCCUCAUCCUUACUUGGUCCUCGACCUGACUCUGCUGCUUCUGAUGGGGAUUUUGGAAGUGACUCGGCUGUAUCUUGGCACCAAGGGCAACCUGACGGAGGCUGAGGUGCCGCUGGCCAUCAGCCUGGUACUUACCGCAGGCGGCGCCCUGCUGUCCACCUACUUCCUGCUCUGGCAGACGCUGGUGCUGUGGGCAGACUGCGUCCUCAGCACCACGCUCCUGGCACUGCAUGGCCUGGAGGCCGUCCUGCAGCUGGUGGCCAUUGCUGCCUUCGUCAGCUAGGCAAGCGGUGCCUGGCAUCCCCCACCCUGGGUGGGACACCCCUGGACAGAAGCCACGUCCUGGGUGCUCGGCGAUGCCUGGUGGCUCCCUCAGCUGCGCCAACCUGCUUGAUCGCCAAGGGGAGUGGGUGAGGACGGUGCACGUUUGCACACAAUUGCUGGGAUUCCGUACUUUCCACACUGGUCCCCUUGGAGCUACAGGGUGGUGGGGAGCCCAGGACCGUGGCCCACAGCAGGCCAAGUCCUGGACGAGGGUACACCAGCAUUGCAACAGAAAGAAAAAUGCCAGGGAGCCAGCAAGCUCUGGUGUUUGGGGGGAUUUUUGCAGUGGCAGCCCCUUCCCUCUGGGGCUUCUGCAGGGAUGUGGUCUAAAGCCCCCGCACUGAGGGGAGGGAGGCAGGGAACGGGUGAGUGACAGAGAACAGCCUGC